GUCCCUGCUGUGUUGCAGAGCUAGAGUCAGAGUAGGAAGAAAACUACUACUACGAGCGACGACUUUUACUGACUUAUUUUGGUGCAUCUGCGAUUAUUAUUCACUCGAGUUUACUGACUCGUUUACUGAUUUUCAUUACAAUGAAGCCACAGUGGCGUGCGUCGUUGUGUUUGGCUUCAUAUGUAGGCUAAGCUAUGCUAUCAAGCUAAAAUUGGCAAGACUAGUUAGCAAGUGCUUGUAUUGUUUACAAUUUUGAUCGAAAAUGUACACUUUAUUAUCUGGAUUAUAUAAAUACAUGUUCCAAAAGGACGAAUACUGCGUUUUGAUCCUGGGAUUGGAUAACGCUGGAAAAACGACCUUUCUGGAGCAAACCAAAACAAAGUUCAGUAAGAACUAUAAAGGAAUGAACUUAUCCAAGAUCACGACCACAGUUGGCCUGAACAUUGGUACAAUAGAUGUGGGUAAGGCUCGUCUAAUGUUCUGGGAUCUGGGAGGUCAGGAGGAGCUCCAGUCUCUGUGGGACAAAUACUAUGCUGAGUCCCAUGGAGUCAUCUAUGUGAUAGAUUCAACUGAUGAAGAGCGCCUGUCAGAAUCAAAGGAGGCCUUUGAGAAAAUGAUCAGCAGUGAGGUGUUAGAGGGCGUCCCCCUCCUCGUGCUGGCCAACAAGCAGGAUGUACCGAACUGUUUGUCGGUGCCGGACAUUAAAACUGCCUUCAGUGACUCUGCCCCGAAGAUCGGCAAGAGGGAUUGUUUAGUCCAGCCUUGUACUGCCCUCACAGGGGAAGGCGUGAACGAGGGCAUUGAGUGGAUGGUGAAGUGUGUGGUCAGAAACAUUCACAGGCCUCCCAGACAGAAGGACAUCACGUAAGAAGUCAUCAGCACUGGUGAUUCUUCUUUUGGACUGUCAUUUCCCCUCCGAGACAUUCCAUGUGAACCCUGGAGCUGAUAACUCUCCUCUCUCCUCGUGUUUGCCGUCACUUUGAACCGUUUCUGCUUUUCGGGGUGUGGCAGUACUUUAAUCACCGAGCAUAAUUUAAGUUGUGCUUUGAAUGGACGUCUUUUAGAAACGGUGUUGUGGUUUCUCCUGCUUCAUGUGUGAGUAGCGGCCCCGGUCUCUGGUGCUGGCUGGGGGUGGGAGCUUCACUGACUGACACCCUGCACUAUGAUCCCAGCAGCACAGGAACACUGUUCUCACAUCAAGUAUACUAAACUGUAAUACAGUGGUUCUCUGUUUGUUCACAGUGUCAGAUUAAUUAAACAGUUUUAGCCCACAGUUUAAAAGUUGAACUGAAAUUUGAAUUCUCUUGAAGUUUCUAAGAUUAUACUGUUGAAUUUCUGAAGAAAGGAUGGGCGGUGCUAGUAGACGUGCUGUCAACUUCCAUGGCCCUGUACUGACUGCAGAAUGUCACACUACCUAUGGACACUGUCACAAGGUGUUUUUACAAGUGUUUCCAUUAAAGUGUAAUCAUGCACAUUUUGAAAUAUCGCAUUAGAAAAGGUUGAUGGUAAUGACAACAUUGGGGGGGGG